GAUGGCUGGCAGACUAACUUGCUGAUGUCAACCGCAAGGAGAGAGCAUAAUGACGGCAAUGCCUGUAUUUUGUUGUCGAACAACUAUAGAGCUAUAGCUUUAGCUACAACUUUGCUACUUUCAAUUAAUGCGAAAUUUCAUUGUGUAUGCGGGCGCAUACGAAUUGUUGAAGAGCAACAGACCUACUCAGAAGACUACACGUACUCAUACCCGGUACACGUACCACACGUACUCGCGUCGCGACGGCAGCCACAAACUUAUUUAUUCCAGAGCUUUUUUUUUUCUCAACUAAAGAAAAAUCAGACAGUGUACGAAAUUUGCUAACUUUUUUAGAUUAUUUUACGCACAAAUAUAUUUAGUAUAAGUUAAAGUAAAUAACGGUUUUCGAGUAUUUCUUAACAAUAAAAAUUAAAUUAAAAAAAAAAAUAGUGUCUACAAUUUUGUGCAUAUAUAUAUAUGAAAAUCGCAUAAACCGCGCAUACCACAAGUUAUACCAUACAAAAUCACUAAGUUAGUAAAGCAGGCAUCAUAUUGGUUUCAAUAUGACUAGCUUGAAUGGUGACACUUUUGUUAUGCGUAACGGUCGCUCAACAAGUCAAGUAUCCAUUUAUAAUUAUCCCGAACACCUAAAUCCAUUUUACGAGGAUGAACAGCACAAACGUUUGCGUUUCUGGAAAAUAAAUAAAUCUGGUGGCGGUGGUAGUCGUCGUAACAGUUUCUCGCUGGGUGGUCUCAAAGAUGUGUGGACCUUCAAGUCAUUUCGUCUUAAGAAGAAAUCCUCAACAUUGGGCAUUAACAAAACUUCAGAAAGUCCACCACCAUUACGUCGAGAUUUACAGCCAUAUAAUACAUUAAAUGGUAAUGAUCUUAGUUUGCCCGAUUAUCGAACUCGAUAUUCGACACCAGCAGGCAUAAAUGAUAACUUUCAACGUAAUGCGGCAUAUAGGAGCUCGCUGCAGAAUGUCGCUUCAGAAAAGGAUAAUGGUGUGUCACAUUUAGAUUUCAAUCGCAAUAAUCAGUAUCGUAGCACUAUACAGGUGAUGGGCACAAAAUCCAACAAUUACAACAAUAACAAUACACGCACAACACCGGUGCCACAACCAAGAAGGUAUGUGUACGGUGGUUCUGUGACGCCACAGCCACUACGUAAUUCAGAUAUCGGUGCGGGCAAUAAUGGUCUAUCGCAUGGAUCAUCGCAAAUUAGUAUGGCAAGCACAAACCCAUUUGAAACGGAUGAUGAUGACGAUGAAAAUAAUGAAGAUAUCUCGCUGGCCGGAGAUAGGCUGAUGAUAACUUCAACACCUAACAAGCAACGAAUACACCGUAAAAAACGACGUGCACCUGCGCCACCAACCGUUGGAGUUCACAAAACAAACACAUCAGCGGAUUCUAGUCUCGAUAUAUCUCUAUCUCCACAACCGCUACCGGAAUUGCGCAUCGAAGAAUGCAUGGAUAUUGCUAAUCUGACAGCGGCAAUAGAAGAUUUCGUUAAAACAACAAAUGAAGACGCCGCCGAGCCAGCGCCAGUUGCUGUAGUAAAUCAACAGACAACACAGACACAAGAGCCCACUAUUACCAGCUUCACAACAAAACCUAAUGGAGAAGCGACACAAGUUUCAGAUAAUACACACGGCAGUCCAAGUGAAAUCAGAAAAGAAGCGACCAAAGUAGAAAUUAACCAUAAAUCCGAAGAAUCUGCAUCACAAGAAACUGCGCAAAGUUUGGAUCCAAGUGACGCAUGCGCCUCUAAUGACAACACAGACCAACCUCAAAUUGUAACUGAAACAGAGGUGGGGCAUGUGGAAUGCAUACACGUACACAUGGGCAGCCCAAACCCAACACCAAGUCCCGUUGAAAUUUCUAAUGAAAACAAGCUGACAAGCUUCCGUAGCAAUGAGACACGUACGCCUGAACCACAACAACCGAUCACAACGAAAACAUCGUUUACACUAACAACACCACCAACAACGCGACGAGACUCUGUUAAGAGAGCGAAAGUUACAUUAAAAACAACGGAAACAUUGAAAUUUCCCGAAACUGAGCCAUUGAGAAUCACAGAGAAUGUCACAACACCAAAAGCAACAAAAUCACCAAAUUCAGAAAAACCGAUAUUAGCGGCUAAACCGCAUAUUGCUGAAAUUCACAAACCAGCGCGUGGCCUAAUAAACUCAUUCACUGGCGUCCAUAGUGAGACAGUAAAUGAGAGUCAAUCAACAGCGCGUCCAGUGCCACCAAUGAGCCCAGUACCACCAAAACGUCACAGUGCGGCAACGAGAAUGUCACAAAAGAACGUUGUAGAACCAAAAAUUGAGUUAAAAGUCGAACAGGAAGCCGCAACAAGCGCUACGUCACAAACCGACACCCAAGCACUGGUCAUCACUGAAUCACGUGAAGAUUUGCUUGAAAAGAAUGGCGCUGAAAUUAAUGACGUAGAUAAUAAGCAGCAAAAUACAAAUACUCCGCAGCGUACACAAUCGCCAAACGAGUUGCGUGAAGAGGUGCUGGAGUCAUUAUAUCGUCCUAAGCCAACUACAUCAUACAUGGAAUGGAAGCAAUCAUCGCUAGCGCCACUCGAAAAGAAUGUGCCACCCGAAAAGCGCAAGUCCGUUAAGGACAUUAUUGAAUCCAUAAACAGAAGUCAACGUUUAUUAAAUGCAUCCGCCCAUAAAGAUACGACGCACAACGGUUCUAGCCUAUCACUAGGUCCAGGCAGCGCCAGUGGCACGCCACUACCACGACGAAAGUUUAGCGGUCAUUCGGUCAAUGAAAAUGGUGUGACAAGUGAGAGUCAACGCUCCGCGGCAGUUAAUGGCAAUUCAACAACAUCUGAUCAUGACCUUAACGAGGAUUCAGUACCAUCAACAUCGACGGCAGCUGGUAAUAAAACCUUAAACGGUGUUGGCAAUGAUCAAGACCCUAAUAAGCUAAACAAUAAUGAAAUAUUUAAGAAAUGUACUGUAAAGAAAGACGUGCAAUACGAUUACAGAGAACAGUCGCCGACAGCGUCUAAUCUCGAUUGGAAUCCGGUGCCGAAGCCAAAGCGUAAUAAGAACUUAUCAGAGCAAUGAAGCGAUGAUGAAAGAUAUUUGUUAAUAGUCAUUUAGUGAAAAUUUUAAAGCUUUCAUAGAGAAGAAAAAGAAAGUAGCUAUAGGAAAAUAUAUAAAAAUAAUAAUUACGUAUGUAUAA